AAAUUUUUUGAUUGAUUGGUUUAAAUCAGACUAGAUUUUAAGUUAUAAUUAAAAUUUUAAUAUAUAUGUUGACGAAAACGUAAAAAUGCGAUUCUUCUUCUGCUCAUGGAUCUUAUGUGUCACGGAAUUUACAAGUGUUCUGGGCUCAUCUGGUUUCGGGUUGGACGAAUCGACAACGUCACCAGUAAACAAUGAUAACAUCGCCUCAACUGUUUAUGAUAAGGAGUUUGAUAAAACCAUAUCCCAGACUACGGUAGCCAAAAUAUUCUCAACUGCAUCGACAUCUAGUGCAUCAACCCGAACAACAAAAACAACCCAAAGCACGAGUCUCUAUGAAACUACUUCUGCCCAAGAUCGUCGUGGGAGUUGGCAGAGGCUAAAUAAUAUCGAAUAUUACGUAUCUAAAGCUAGAGAGAUAAAGAAUUUCGACCAAAGUAAAGAGUUUUGCAGGCAACAGGGUGGAACACUUGCUGUUGUUAAAACAAGCGAAACACAGAUUUUCAUUGCAAGUCUUGUGAUCCGAGACUCAGGUACGCCAUAUGGGUUUUUCAUUGGUUUGAAAAGAGUGAACAAUAACAGCUUUGCGUGGAUUGAUAACGAGGCUGAAUCGUAUGGGGCAUGGCAUUCUGGAGAACCUAAUAAUACGGAUGAAAAUGAAGAUUGCGUUAUUAUGGGUUGGAUUCACGAAUUUAUGAAAAAUCUCCGAUGGAGAGACUACAAAUGUGGCGUGGAAAAAUUCGCACCAACCGGAUUCAUAUGCCAAAGGAUAUUAGAAACGACUGUCAUUCCUACUACGGAGUCGUUCACAAGCGCUUUGAAAACCACUACUUCAAAAUAUAUUUCGACGGAAGGUGAACUCACAACAAAAUCGUCAACUACAGAAUUCUUCGAACCCACGUCCGGGACUCAACAAAUUUCAACAGAAGAAUCGACUGAUCCUAUUUUAUGGACAGAAAGACCGAAUUCUCAAACUACAACAAUUGGUCUUGUGGUCGGCGGGAUAUCGCUGUUGCUUCUAGUUGUGAUAACCGUACUUGGAUAUUGCUAUCGAAAAAGGCAAUCUAAGAAUGAAUUACUGCAGAGAAUACAAAAAACAAAUCUUGAUGUGGAUGACUAUGUGGAGUUACAUCAAAUUAAUAUUGAAGAACCCCGUUCUACAAAACCAGUACAGAGAGAUCCUAGUUCGCCAACGCCUCUAGAAGAUAUAAAAGAUCGUGACACGUCUACAAAAAUAUCCGUAAGAGAUUCAACAUAUGUGUUGAUGACGUCUCCUUCAAUAGAAAUCAAAUCUCGUUCUGAAAGCAAUCGCUCAUUCGUCGAUAUCAUGCUUCCAACCACGAAUGUAACUUUAACAGACAAUACCACUACCAGUCCUGAAGCAGAAGCAUACGAGUUUAUGUCUGGUGAAUUUGAAGAAGAUGAAAAAGGAAAAAAUCUGAUUUUGGGCAAAACGCAAUUGACAAGCGUAGGCCAGGAAAUAACAGAAGGAUGCUUAUACGAAAUCAUGACAAAAGGAACAAUGAACGAAUCAAGUAAUAUCGAUAAACAUUCGAACACCAGUCAAAGUUCAAAAAUACAUUUGAGAAUGGAUAAUUCAAAGAAGGAUAAGCAAAUGUCAUCGCAUAUUUUGAAGGAAAAAGGCGACAUCAAAAAUAUUGAAACACGUGAAAACUUAGCUGAAGGGGACAAAUCGAAUUUACAUGAAGAUUUGCAGGGUAAAACUAUACAGAAAGUGGAAAAAAUCAUCCAGUUACCAUUACCGUCGAUCCCGAAGUGUGGAGAUGAAAACAAGACCACUGAUGAGUACGAAUUGAUGCCGUAUGGCGAGAUAACUUUUCAAAAUGUACCUCCUAGUAAAGCUGAUGUGCUGCCGCCUGAAGUUAUCAUGACAAAACAAAAUUCAAUGAGAAUAAAGACCAACGAUAGUAGCAAAAUAGUGCAGGGCAGUACUCUGCCGACCUUACCCGAAAACACAGACAUAGAAAUCGAUAAUGACAUUAUGCCAUAUGGUACAAUUGAAUACGAGGAAAAAUCUACGGAGACCGAAGAAUCGCUGAGCAAUAAAGAAAAUCUUAGCAAUGAUUCAAAUAAGAACAAAUCAGUCAUACAGAAUAUGCCUUUACCUGCAAUACCAAUAUCAGACGAUAGCAAUUUGCCUGUGGAAAGUCGAAACGAAAUUUACGCUGAAAUACAAAGUGAAUCAACAAUCAAAGUAGUCUCGACCGCACUCGGUUCAUCUCUAGAUAAAGAGGAGAUUCUUGAAGAUGACUACACCAAAGUGGAAACACCGGUCAAUCUGGGUUUUGAUCCGGGCGAUCAGGAUGUAUAUGAGGAGAUUGAUAAGACCACGGCAGUCAGCAGACAGAAUAGGAAACGAAGGACAAUUAUUGGUCCUAAAGGUGACGAAUAUGCUAUAGUGACAAAAGAAGUCUAAUUGACCACAAUACUCAAGUAACAUUAUUGCCUGUGGACCGUCUGUUGUUGGCGCAUUGCUGAUGGCAUCCCGGUGUCGAAUCUUGUUUAGUGAAGUAACAAUCAAAAAUAGUUAUUUGAAUGCAAUAUUGUCCCGUGCUAAUUUUGGACACGAAAUGGACAUAUAAAUUAUGCUCUGUUGUGAAAAACCCACAAACCAUUUAUUCGUAACUAAACUACGACUGAUUGA